AUGAAGAGUAGGAGCGGGCUGGAAAUGAUGGAGUCCACAUUGGGGGAGAAGGCAAAGUGGGCUUCCUCCACCCCUAUGGGACCCUCCAAACCAACCGCCUACGCGAGGAAGCAGACCGCGUCGUCUCACAACGCGGGAGGCCCAGGGAAGAAGAAGGAUACCUCUGUGCAGGGCGGAUCGGCGAAUACGUCCAAAGGUGAUGACGUGGACGACAGUUUUUUUUUCGUGCAAGGCAACCAACACAUCAGAGGCAGCCAGAAGCGUUUGGAUGCCUACACCCCGACGCUAAGAGACGCACCAGGGGGUUUGAGGGCGGUUGAGGCAGGGAGCACCAUUAUCACACCGGGUGGCGGGGAGAAGACGUCGGUUGUUGGGGGGGAUGAUAGUGCACUUUCCCUUCCGCGCCUCACCACCACCGAGACAGAGCCCCCUGCCCUGGGGGAGUGUUCUACGCCCACCAUUCUUGGCGGUUCAGCGGUUGUGUGGGCCGGUGGGCGGCGUCACCAGCAGUGGAAGGCCCGUGACUCCCAGCAGCUGGUAGAGCAGGAAAUAGACGGAGAAGAACGAGUAGUCUUACCACAGGCGCAAAUAAUUGGUCUCUCACAAGAGGCAAAUUCUUUGUCUUUGCAGUCAGCAUUUUCGCCGCAACGCCCCACGGAGACAGGCAACAAACAUUUGCGGCAUCUCUCUUGGGCGAGGCGUGCCCUGCCAGUGGGUCCGACGGCCGUCACGGAAAAAACGAGUCGCGCGGAGCAAGUGCCUCAAGUUGAGUUGCCUGUGUCACCUAUUUGUGUUGGUGGUGAUGCGGCAGCCGAGUUUACUUCGCGUCUGUUUUGUUGCACAUCAUUGUCCCUGUCGUCGCUCUCCACGCUGUCCUCCCCACCAUCACCACUGCCACAGCUGGGCGCCUCGUUUCAAAGUGCGGGAUAUGUGACCACAGAGACCGCCUCCGUGCCGGCGGCCGCACGUGGUGAUGAUUCGGGCAUGGACAAUGACACAACCAUAAUGAGGAUAGAGGAUUCUUUCAUUUUAUCGAGGUAUCCCAAGGCGCCUGGUAUGAAGUCGUGUGAGGGGUCAAGUGAAGUGGCUGCGCCUGCGCUUGCGCUUGCGCUUCGGCCACCCGAGUUUGUGGGCUGGGCGCGGCUUGACGCCUGCAGAAGGCUGCCGGGGUACAGAGAGGCGCGGAGGACGGCGCACACGCUGGCGCUGACGAAACUCCGACAACUGUUUUACUGCGGCGUGGGGUGGGUGGCGUGGUCACAAGGAUUGCGAGAAGAGGGAGGGAGGAUCAAUGGGGAAGUAACACGCUCAUGA